AUGUCAACUGGGAACUUGAACCUGCCUAGCGACCUUCACCUUCUCGACACUGGAAGCGCCGUUGGGCCCUCACCUUUCACGGCGCCAAAUGCCUUCUCCGGCGAGUUCUUGGGGUUGCCCAUGAACGAAGACGAACCACAUUUUUGGAGCCUCAGUCCUAUCUCUCCAACAAUGGGCAUGGCCUGGGAUACCAAAGCAGAUGCAGCGGCCUUUGCCGGCUCAGCACUCGAACGGGAUCUCAAAAACGCCCAGGUCCGCAAUGGCCAGCCCACACCACCACCCUACGAUGAUCACACCCACGAAUCAUCCAGCCUUGAAUACGAGAGUGCCAGCAAGCGCCGCCGCCUGCGCGAGUCCAAAUCAGCAGCAGAUAGUCUGAGCCCAGACUUCGAUGACAUCCCUCCUCAAGAGCGAGCUAAACGGGCCAAGUUCCUAGAACGCAACCGUCUCGCGGCGAGCAAAUGUCGACAGAAGAAGAAAGAGCAUACGCAGAAGCUGGAGUAUCGCUACAAGGAACAGUCGGAGAAAAAAGAGCGGCUACAAGGAGAAAUUGCUAGUCUACGCUCACAGAUCUUGAGCCUCAAGAACGAGGUGCUGAAGCAUGCCCAGUGUGGCGAUGAGCCUAUCAAACUUCAUCUUGCGCAGAUGGUGAAGAGGAUCACCGAUAGCGAUGGCCCGGCCCCGGCCCCGGCGCCAGUAGAUCCACCGAUCAAUAUCGUGGACCACAUCUCCGUCUCGCCGCCCCGAGCUCCCCCCCGAGCUCCUCCUACGCUUGCUCCGACCAAAACACCUGUUACGAGCCAGGCUGCGACAACUUCGAAUCUUUCUUUCGGAUUCGAUGAUCCACUGCAGCUGGAACCAGCUGCCGUGGCUGCGGCAGAGGCCUUUGAGCAGCAGCUUCGUCGCAAUUCAGAGGCAUCGCUUGUUUCCGAGUCUUCAUAUACCUUUUCGCCGGACGAUACAUUUGAUGACCUGAUCAACGUUUAA